CAGUUUCUGUCCAUGACUGCAACUGCAAGAAAUCAAAGAGAAGUGAUCAUGUGGCCUAGAUUAGUGGCGAACAAAAUUCUGAAGAAGCGAUUGGGAAGCAACAACUUUGUAGCAGAUUUCCCAAGCAACUCGGAAGACUCCACCUUGCAGCUGGAAACACCAAGUUUUGAUCCAGAGAAACCGUUAUCUUUAUGCCCGACGACACCAGCUCCAAAAAUCUUGAAUCACCACAAGCACACACACAAUUACAAGGUUUUUGUUAGUACAUGGAAUGUUGGUGGAGUUGAACCACGAGAUGAUAUGAACAUGGCGGAUUGGAUUACUGACACAUCCUGUGACAUCUAUGUUUUUGGGUUUCAAGAAAUUGUUCCUCUCAAAGCCUCAAAUGUUCUGGGAUCUGAGAAUAGUAUGAUCUGCAUGAAGUGGAACUCCUUCAUUAGAGAAACUUUGAACAAGAAAAUAAACCACCCGGGAGACAAGAAUAAGGAAAAAAAUGGAAAGUCAACCAUUGUGGAAAGCAGCACCAAUUCAGAAUCACAGGAUUACUUCCAGUGUAUUAUAAGUAAGCAAAUGGUGGGAAUACUAAUAACAGUCUGGGUUCGAAGAAAUCUUCGUCCUUUGAUUCGGAAUCCGAGUGUUUCAUGUGUUGGCUGUGGCAUCAUGGGUUGCCUCGGCAAUAAGGGUUCAGUGUCAGUUAGGUUUCAACUGCAUGAAACAAGCUUCUGCUUCGUGUGCUGUCAUCUAGCUUCAGGGGGAAGACAAGGAGAUGAGAAACUCAGAAACUCGAACGUAGCUGAAAUCUUGAACAGAACAAGUUUCCCUAGAGGUCCAUUGCUUGAUUUGCCACGAAAGAUCCCAGACCACCAACGAGUAAUCUUCUUGGGAGAUUUGAAUUACAGAAUUUCCCUUCCAGAAUCAACCACACGGUCAUUAGUGGAUAGCAGAGAUUGGAAUGCCUUACUGAAGAGCGAUCAGCUGAGUAUGGAGCUCAAUAAUGGUCAAGUAUUUGAAGGUUGGCUUGAAGGAAGUAUCAAAUUUGCCCCGACUUACAAAUAUUUUCCAGAUUCUGAUACAUAUUAUGGAUGUCCUCCUCCUGCAAGGAAAGGUGAAAAGAGGCGUGCUCCUGCAUGGUGUGAUCGGAUAAUUUGGUAUGGAAAAGGGUUGAAGCAACAUGUAUACGACCGAGGUGAAUCAAAAUUGUCUGACCACAGGCCAGUGAAGUCAAUAUUUACCGCCCAAGUUGAAGUUCUACCAUCGCUUAUGAGAGGAUACCAAAGCUUUUUUCUUUCGGACAGGUUUGACAAAAUUUCAAGCCAGUUUGACGUACCCUCCACCGACGAUCGAUUUCUAUGUCAUCGCAGAUCAUCAAGCUUCAAAGCUUGAGUAUAUACAUCCAAAGCAAAAGUGGUUCGUUCUAAGAAGAUUAUAUAUUGGGGAUGAUUUCGGCACUCGACUUGCACUCUUUGUGCUUCAAUUCGCUUCAACUUUCAACUAUAAUAUUAAAGUGAAGCGUGAGAGUUAAACAAUAUUGGAAGGAGAAGUGCCAAAAUCACCCUCAUUAUGUUUGGUCAUUAGUUGCUUAGUUAAU